UCCUACUAUCGAAUUUUAAUCUUAUGUGUAUAACUGGUUGCAAACUUUUUUUUUUUCAGGAUUCCAGAGGUAGACUAUGGACAGGGUUGGGAGGAUUACUUUUGAAAUAUAUUCUACUACAGAUUACAGAAUACAUGCUGUAAAAUGUAAUUUGUAACGUAUUCCGUUAGAUUACUCAAGGUCAGUAACGUAUUCUAAAUACUUUGGAUUACUUCUUCAUCACUGGUAGAUUUUUUCACUUGUUUUGACUAUAAAAACUCUGCCAGUACAGUAAGACAAAAUACACAUGUUAAAAAUACAUUCUCUGAAAAACCUAAAUAUCUUAUGCAGUGUUGUUUCUAAAACAAGAUAAAUCAAACUGAUCUUGUUUUAAAGAUUUUUAGAUAUUUUUACAGGAAAACAAUACAAAAAUUAUAUCAAGAAUACGAUUUUUGCCCUAAUAUCAAAGGUCUUACUAGAAAAAAAGAAAUUAUGAUCUAACAUGAAUUUUCAGUGGAUGAAAGCUGGUGACGACACAGAACACACUAGUGGAGACGAUGCGCUGUGAAUAGCGACUGCACAUGAUAGUGACAUCCAGUGCCCAGAAUAUGAAUUUCAUAUAAUUUCUCCAUAGCAGGCCUAAUCCUGUCCUAUUUCUAAAGUCUCUCUCGGGCCGCAACGGGGCAGUCGGAGGGCUGCAGAUGGCCCGCGGGCCGGACUUUGGACACCCCUGGUUUAAAGUGUGUUCAUUUACCGUUUCUAUCAAUGCCAUGACUUAUCAAAUAAUAAUUUAUAAUUUCAUCUCUUGUGUAUUUAAAGAACAUAAUGCAUAGAAAAAGCAUUAUCUGCUUAAAUUCUUGAACUCUGUCACUAAUGCACACUUUUAUCACUCACGCACCCUCAUGGACUUGCUGACUAGCGCUCCAUUGGUCUGCACUCACUUACAUCAUCAAAGUCGGAACUCAGAGGAAGACCACAAGGGCUUAGGGUGCCAUUUGGGACAGGGCCUUAUAUAUUGAUCUGUUUCUCACCCACAAAUAUCAUAUCGUUUCUGCAAAUAUAGAUUUAAUCACUUGAGAUUACUUUUUUGCUGCCUUUAUGUGCUUAUUGGAGCUUCAACAUUUUGGUAUCCAUUCACAUGCAUUGAAAUAUUCGAGCUGUAAUAUUCUUCUAAAAAUCUUUGUUUGUGUUCAGCUGAAGAAAGAAAGUCAUACACAUCUGGUAUGGGAUGAGGGUGAGUAAAUGAUGAGAAUUUUCAUUUUGGGGUGUACUAUCCCUUUAAUAUGAGCGCGCCAUAUGAGGCUAAAUAGUCUCUAUCCCCACAAACCUAUGGCGACAUCUAGUGGCCAUAACUAAAACGCAUCAAAGUUUACUUACAAUAGACUAUGCUUCGGCAAAAAUCACUGCAAUCUGGAUUUAUCUGGUGAGAAAGUGAGUGCAUUGAGAACUGAAUAACACGUAACAAAAUACAGUUAUUAACUCAAUGCUUUUCACUGCACAUCAGAAUAUUUUACCUUCAACCGACAUUCAAAGUGCACGAGAGCAACGAUAACUUCAUUAUAUCGCGGUACAGUACACUAUUGUUUGCAAUGUAACUCGCACGCACGCCAGUUCAGAUUGGAUAGAGCACGGAAUCCGUUACCGUACAAGCAGCUCCUCCCUCCUCCCGUCCGACCUAUCUGAUCGCGCUCUCUCUCAUCAUGGCUCCGGCAGCGGACAGGCCGGGCUACUGGGGAACACCGACCUCAACUCUCGACUGGUGUGAAGAGAAUUAUAUGGUCUCGUAUUACAUCGCUGAAUUCUGGAACACAGUCAGUAAUCUGAUAAUGAUCCUCCCUCCUAUUUAUGGAGCCAUUCAGACGUGUAGAGAUGGCUUGGAAAUACGCUAUGUGUGGUCAUUUUUAGGACUUGCUGCUGUUGGCAUUGGUUCAUGGAGUUUUCACAUGACACUGCAGUAUGAAAUGCAGCUACUGGAUGAGCUGCCGAUGAUCUACAGCUGCUGCGUCUUUGUCUACUGUCUGUACGAAUGCUUCAAGCGAGAGCGUGCAGUUAACUAUUUCUCAAUAACACUUUUGCUGACCUUCAGUAUUAUUGUUAGUGUGAUUUACCUCUUGUGGAAAGAGCCCGUCUUUCAUCAGGUCAUGUAUGCCAUACUAGUGGCUUUUUUGGUGAUUCGAUCAGUUUUCAUAGUCACAUGGGUCUAUCCUUGGCUCAGAGGGCUCUGUUUUACAUCUUUAAGUGUCUUUCUGUUGGGAUUUCUAUUAUGGAACAUCGAUAAUAUCUUCUGUGUCUCUCUCAGAGCUACACGGCAACGGCUGCCCCCUAUAAUUGGGGCAGUUACACAGCUUCAUGCCUGGUGGCACAUCCUAACUGGACUGGGGUCAUAUUUACACAUACUUCUCAGCCUUCAGAUUCGGUCAACCUACCUCAAGCACAGACCAAAAGUGAAGUUUUUAUGUGGCAUUUGGCCCAUGCUGCACAUUGAAUCUCAGAAGGCGAGUUGAAAGAGAAAAGAGAGGAGGAAGAUGGACCAAUCACAGACCUCAUACAGAAAGAGGUCCAGCCAAUGAGCUUCAGUGGCAACAGGAAGUGACCAGCGGCUGUUGGUUUGGUUCCGCCAUUCCCUCGUUCCCAUUCCAGCUCCAUUUGCCAAGUGCAUUUAUGAGAAAGCUGCCAGACGAAGGAAAGUUUAUUAUUAUUAUUAUUGUUAUUAUAGAUUAAGUGAGAGGUUUGCAGUGGUCUUGUACAAUGCAACAAUUAGAUUAUUGUCCUAUAAAUCUGAGGGUCUAAUUAGUGGGAAUGAAGCGAAAAAUUGUGGCCAACAAUAGAAUUUGGUCCCAGCUGGUAAAUGUUUGGAAAAAAUUAUGUGAGAGCAUUAUGGUAUUGAUGAAUCAUGAAAAAAAGUGGUUAGUUUAGCAACUUUACCACAUCAGCUAUUUUACAUAUAAAAUAACACUUCUGUAGAUUACUUGAACUGAAUGUGUCAACACUAAAAUGGUGAGAUUAUACUUUAUAAUGAUAUGUAUACUACAGACUACUCUACAUUUAUAGAUUAUGAAGUUCAGAUUAAACCGAUUACAACAUUUAAUGGGAGUUAAUGCAUUUGGACAAGAAUGUGAUCCUUGUUUUUUCUCAUUUCAUCCUGGAAAACCACCAGAACUUUUGGCCAUGAGAUACAUGAGGUAAUGUUAAUGACAUAUGGUCAUUUUAUUGCAUGUUUUCUGAGAUACAGUGUGUUUUAUGUCCUGUUUUCCUCUACAACAUUUAGUAGCAUGUUACAUACAGUAAGUGUCCAUGUAAUAUAAAUAACACAUUAAUGUAAUGAAUUACAAUAGGAUUAAUUAACGAUAGUCACAAACAACUCCACAAUCUAAAGUGUGUCUUGUUCAUAAAUAACUACUCAGUAAUUGCAUUGUAAUUACAUUGUAAUAUGAACACCAUGGUUAAGUGUAACCCAUUCCAAGCCCCUCAUGUCAUCAGUAUGCAAUGGAAUUAUUUUUAUUUAUUUUACAUUGUGGGAAAAUGGAUGAGAUUAUGAAGAAAGUGUUAACAGGAAUAUGUUUUUGUAAUUUUAUGAAGGAUCAUAUAUGCAAAUUAACUGAGCUGCUGAGGUAGCAAGAUUCUCAAAUGUUUUAAUUGGUGUUGCUUAGUUAAGAAUAAAUUCAUUUAAUUAAAUGAAACCUUGUUAUUAUGAGUAAGUGAAUGUUUAAUAAUCUAGAGAUCAAUUUUACACUCCUCUCCUCUUUGGUUUGAUGUAGCAGUGUUCAAAUGUUGACUACUUGAACUGCCACUGUGCAAACUGUCAGAAAAAGGGACAGUGUCAUGGUUUUGAAUGAAGUUGUAUAUUAACAUUGAUUUGUCAUUUGUUUUUAUGUACAGUAUUGUGCCACAUUCCUAUGGUUCAGUGAGAACACAGUUAUCUCUAAUUGUAGCACAGUUGAUAUAACUAAUCAAGUGAUAUGUGAGGUACAAAAUUGAAUAUGGAUUUCUGUCAGGUAACAAGAAAGAUUAUGAGUUAAAUGCAGGGCUCGUAUAAUAAAAUAACAAAACAAAAAAGUAACAAGAUACAAAAACCCACAAGCAAAACCAACCGAACAGGAAACAAGACUGAAUACGUUGAGACAGGUAAUAUCAGAAGACAACUCAGCAAUAUAACAUAGUAGGCAGGAAUGGGGAACUACACAAGGGGAAAUGGGGAACAGUUGGGGACCAUUAACAGAUGAGGACUAUAAAGGGGUGUGGCCAGGAAGCAAACUUGCAGGCAGUGCACAGAAACACAUGGCACAUAAUCUAACCAAACAAAAACAGAAUGCAAGCAUGCACAGACAGAAAGGCAAAAACAGGACUAAAAACAGACAGGACCCUGACAGAUUUCUAUAUGAAUUUCUGUUCCAGUUAAAGUGCUGCUGCUAGUUUGGAGCAGGGGCUUGUACCACUGAGGGUGCCUUAGAUUAAACUGUUGUUUAUUCCAUAUUGCCUUGAUGUUUAUUAUAUCAAAUUAAUUUGUGUAAAGUACACAAUGCAUCCCAUAUACUUAACUAAUACGCAAAAUAAU